AUGUUAUCCCAGAGCAACCAUCAGAUGAUCAUGACAGCCUCCCCCUCCAUCCUCGUCUUCGGCGUCGGCAGCGUCGGUGCCAUCUACCUCCACCAGCUGCAACGAGCCGGCUGCACCGUCACCGCCGUCUGUCGCUCCAACUACGACGUCGUCGCCCACCACGGCUUCACCCUGCGCAGUCCCCGCUUCGGCACCGUCACCUAUCGUCCCGAUCACACCGUUCGCUCCGUGCACGAUUGUCCCCGCGAUAUCCAAUACGACUAUGUGCUGGUCACAACGAAGGCAUUCCCCGGUCGGACGCCCUCCCUAGCCGACCAGCUUCGACCGGUGCUUGAAAAUCACCCACACACCGCCAUUGUCCUGGCGCAGAAUGGUAUCGACAUCGAGAAGGAUAUUGCGGAAUCGUUUCCCUCCAAUCCAGUCAUCAGCGGGGUAGUCUAUCUGCCCACUGUACAGACAGAAGCUGGUGUGAUCGACCAUGCGGAGCCGCUGGAUCUCCUGGAACUAGGAACGUAUCCGGCUCGCGCGCCAGAGGAACAUACACGGGCGGCGAAGAAAUUCGUCGAGUUGAUGGUAAAAGGAGGCGGGGAUGCGGUGCUGUUCGAGGAUAUACAAGAGGCGAGGUGGGCGAAAUUGCUGCUCAACGCGGCAUGGAAUCCGAUCUGUGCGUUGUCAUUGUGCACGGAUGGCGGGUUCUUGCUCACUUCGGAGCCGUUUGCGCGUGACUUGGCCUGGGGGAUUAUGAUGGAGAUUGUGGCGUUGGCGAGGGCGGUUGGGAUUGCAGGGGUGGAUGAGGAGGCGGCGAAGAAGAGGUUUGCAUUGGCGGAGAGGAGGGCCAAGGAAGGGACAGGGAGGGAGAUGAGUAUGUUGCAGGAUGUGAAGAUGGGGAGGCCGUUUGAGGUCGAAGCGAUCGUGGGGAAUGCCGUAAGACUGGGGAGGAAGUGUGGGGUGUCGAUGCCCCGGUUGGAGACAGUGUAUGCAUUGGCGAAGGGGAGGCUGGAUGUGUUAAUGGGGUGUAGAGUUUGA